AUGGAUCCAGACGUUCCCUUGCCACAGGGCGUCACAUCCCUUCUUGAUACAGAUCUGUACAAGCUGACGAUGCAAUGUGCUGUCCUGAAGUACUUCCCAGAUGUUCACGUGACCUACGGCUUCACGAAUCGGACCCCGCACAUGAAACUUCGUCGCAGCGCAUACAAAUGGCUUCUCGAGCAGAUGGAGUUACUGGCUGCGAUCCGCGUCACCGACGAAGAACGAGAAUGGCUCCGUCAAAAAUGCCCUUACCUCCCCGACGCGUAUCUCAAAUUCCUAGAAACCUUCCGCCUCAAACCAGCUGAGCACAUCAAGAUCAAGUUCACCCCGGUACAUGAUACAGGCAGUGACGACGAUGAAGGAGACAUUGAGUACAUGGUUGAAGGUCUCUGGCUCGAGACAAUCCUGUACGAAAUCCCACUGCUGGCCUUGACUAGCCAGGCGUACUUCAUGUUCAGUGAUAGGGACUGGGACUACCAUUGCCAGGAAGAUAAGGCUUACCGCAAGGGCUGCACUUUGCUUCAGAAUGGAUGUGUGUUUUCUGAGUUCGGCUCGCGCCGGCGUCGUGACUACCAUACCCAGGACCUUGUUAUGAAGGGUCUUUGCCGUGCUGCGGAGGAAGGCAAGAAGCAGGGCUGGCCGGGCGUGCUGACUGGAACUAGCAAUGUGCAUUUUGCUAUGAAGUACAAUCUGAGUGCUGUUGGAACUGUGGCGCACGAAUGGUACAUGACCAUCGCGGCCAUCACAGAUGACUACGAGAAUGCCAAUGAGCUGGCAUUGAGUUACUGGCUCGGCUGUUUUGGAGAGGGGGUCCUCGGAAUUGCCCUCACAGACACUUUCGGUACACCGGCUUUCUUGGAUGCAUUCAAGAAGCCCAUCUCAGCACCAGGUUCAACGACUGAUGGUAUGUCAUUGACCAUGACCUAUGCUCAGUGCUACGCCGGUGUCCGCCAAGACUCUGGAGACCCAGCAUACUUUGUCAAGAUGAUCCGUGACUUCUAUGAUAGCCAAGGUAUCGCCGAGAAGAAGACGGUGGUGUUCUCCGAUUCUUUAAACAUUGAGAAUUGUCUUGAGUAUAAGACCAUUGCGGAAGAGGCAGGCUUCAAUCCUACAUUUGGAGUUGGCACAUUCUUUACCAACGAUUACAUCAACAAUUCAACCGGAGAGAAGUCCAAGCCCCUGAAUAUCGUUAUCAAGAUUGCGACUGCAAACGGCAGUCCCGCCGUCAAGCUCAGCGACAACCUGGGAAAAAACACUGGCGACCACGCCAAGGUCCAGGAAGUGAAAAAGAAGCUCGGCUAUGUUGAGCAUACCUGGGAAGAGGGUGAUGAGAGCCACCGCUGGACGAAAUAG